AUGGCCCCCCGCGAGAAGAGCCAAUUGAAGAGGGUUCGGGAUUCCCUUCCCGAAUCCGACUCGUCCAAGAAGCCCCGGCGAUCCGAGAGGCUGUCGCACGGCAACGGCGAACACCUCAAGACCCCCGUCACCAAGAACCAGCAGAAGCUGCCCUCGCCGGUCACCUACUACACCGACGACGACAGCACCGCCCGCUACAAGGAGGGCACCACCACACCCCCCAACGGCAGACCGAGCCAGCUAGCCCACAGAACGCCCGACGAGACCUUGGAUUCCCAGUUCUCGUCCCCUCCCAACGACACGCAAGCUUUCCCUUCCCAGUUCGUCGACCCCAACGCCGCCAUAUCCGACGAGGUGGAAGACGAGGUAAAAGAGGGCGUUUGGGGCUACCUGCUCCCCCUGGACACCAGGUUUGGCAGAUGCGUGGUCCUUCGAAAACGUGCUGCCUGCCCCCUGCCAGAGGCCGUCAGCGGCUCCGACACGGUCAAGCAGAAGAAGGAAGGUCGUCCCCUGGAGCAGGAGGAGAGCUUCGAGGAGACCAAGACCAAGGGAGUGCCGUCCGGCGGUUACCUGAUAGGCCGCCAUCCCGAGUGUGACGUCGUCAUCGACGAUCCCGUCAUUUCCAACCGCCACUGCCUGCUCUUUACCGAGAACAAGGGCAACGAUACCUCCGCCGUCUUGGAGGACCUCUCGAGCAAUGGGACUUUUGUCAACGAGGCUCUGGUGGGUCGGAACCAGCGCCGGGAGCUACAGGAUCAGGACGAGAUUGCCGUCAUGGACAAGGCUCGGUUCAUCUUCAGAUACCCGAAGAGCCGAACGUCGAGCGCUUUUCUUCAACAGUACACGCUGCUGGAACGACUGGGCAAGGGCCACUUUGCCGAAGUUUUCCUGUGCGUCGAGAAGUCGACUGGCAGUAAGUACGCCGUCAAGAUCUUCACCAAGCACCCCGGCAUGGAGGAGAGAUCCAAGACGGAUGGCCUGCAGCAGGAGAUUGCUGUUUUGAUGGGUGUCAGCCACCCCAAUGUCUUGUGUUUGAAGGAUACGUUCAACGAGAAGAAUGCUGUGUACCUGGUCUUGGAACUGGCCCCCGAGGGUGAACUUUUCAAUCAUAUUGUGAUGAAACAGAAACUCAGUGAGAAUGAGACGCGCAAGCUCUUUAUUCAAUUGUUUCAGGGCAUCAAGUAUCUGCACGAUAGGAACAUUGUACACAGAGAUAUCAAGCCCGAGAACAUCCUGGUGGUCGAUAAGGAGGUCCACGUCAAGCUUGCAGACUUUGGUUUGGCCAAGAUCAUAGGCGAAGAAUCCUUCACCACGACGCUCUGCGGCACACCGAGCUACGUCGCCCCUGAGAUCUUGGCGGAGGGUCGGCACAGGAAGUACACAAAGGCCGUGGACAUCUGGUCUCUCGGCGUGGUCCUGUACAUCUGCUUGUGCGGGUUCCCGCCAUUCUCCGACGAGCUUUACACGAAGGAAUACCCCUUCACCUUGUCUCAGCAGAUCAAGAGCGGACGUUUCGAUUACCCGUCGCCAUACUGGGACUCCGUCGGCGACCCAGCCUUGGACCUUAUCGAUUCCAUGCUUGUUGUAGAACCAGAGAAGCGAUACACGGUGGACCAGUGCUUGGCGCACCCUUGGAUUACCCAGAAGAUGCCGAACGUCAACGACAGCACUGACGGUCUUGUAGCUGGCGUUGGCGGUCUGCAAGUCCACAAACGUGGGAUUGUCCGCGAGCGGACACUCCUUUCCUCGAUCAACAGCGUAUCGAUAGCUCAUCAAGUACCGCUGGGCCCGCAACAGCAGAACGGGAAGAAGCCUGCGCUCAAGGUCUACGCCAAGAAUAAAAGCGCAUCGAGCAGUACCAAUGUGAAGCCACAGGAGGCUCGCCCGGCGGAUGAGAGAGAUGCUCGCGAGUUCAUGGAGUUGGGUGGCAAGGGCGACCCGGAGCUCUUUGGCAACGACGGCACGAGCUACUAUUCGAAGGAAGAAGCUCUGGCUGCGAAGGGAAAAGCGCCCGCCAAGGAUAAAGCCAAGACGAACGGCCGUUGA